UGUGACUCCACGAAGGUUCCCAGGACACGCCUUUUUGUUACUGAACCGAUCAGCGAACACAGACAAACCUGCCAACACUUAAGUCUACUCGCUGGAUUUCAUCUCCAUGGCAACAAGCAUGGAAGGUCAAGAGGUGACUCCAGCAGCACUUCUGAAGAGCCAUAAUGCUGUGACAGUGAAUAAUGAGUAGUACCUAUUGUGGCAACUCUUCAGCUAAAAUGAGUGUCAACGAAGUAUCAGCUUUUUCAUUGACUCUGGAGCAAAAAACUGGCUUUGCUUUUGUUGGGAUUUUGUGUAUAUUCUUGGGACUUCUUAUUAUCAGAUGCUUCAAAAUCCUCUUAGACCCGUAUAGUAGCAUGCCUUCCUCUACAUGGGAAGACGAAGUUGAAGAGUUUGAUAAAGGGACAUUUGAAUAUGCACUUGCGUGA